AAUUAGUUGUCGCUCAAACAUCCUCUGCGCGUCUCAGGCUACAUUUUCCCAUUCAGAUCAUGUAGCAAUCACCGGGUCUUUGCUCCGUCUGCUAGGAACUGAUUCCUAUGAAUACACUCGAAGUUGUUAGCUGAUGUUACAGGCAGAACAAAGUCAGCGAUGCCAGAAAGCAUGUAGUUCAGAAUGGACUGUCCCGGUUUUUGUAGAUAUACAUGUCUAGAUUUUGUAUUUGCGGUUGUCGGCGUUUUCGCCUACCUGUUCGACGUGGGAUCCGAUCUGUCGGUCGCGGCUGAGUUCUACCUACAUGGCGACUUCGCUUGGUUCGGGUUGGUGAUUGGGCUCAUGGUUCUGUCGUCAACCGUGGUACAUUUGUUUAGCUGGUUCUGGUUUAAAUACGAUCAAGAACUCGAAGAUUUCAAAUCGCAGACAUCUGCAGAGAGAUUACUUUUUGGUGGCGGAGGGCGCCUGGAACUGCUGCACGGGUUUCAGCUCGGAUUUCUUCUCCGGCACGUGUCGGCCAUCGAGCAGGGCUUCGGCGUGUGGUGGUGGGGGGAGCAGGCCUCCUACGCUGCCUACGUGACCCAUGACCUCAGCAUGCUCCGCCUCCUGGAGGCGUUCUGUGAGAGCGCGCCCCAGCUCACCCUCCUGCUCUACAUCAUCCUCCGAACCGGCCACGCCCGAACCAUGCAGAGUGUGAGUGUGUGUGCCUCCUCGUUCUCCGUGGCGUGGACGGUGGUGAUGUAUCACCGCUCCCUGCGGCGGUUCCUGCCCCAGAAGGCUCAGCAGCGCUGGGGCGCGUCGGCGGUGUACUUCCUGUGGAACCUGCUGCUCAUCACGCCGCGAUUGGCUGCCCUGGCACUCUUCGCCUCAGCCCUGCCCUGCCCCGCCCCCGCCCACUUCCUGUGCCUGUGGCCGGCGCUCUUCCUGUGGGCGUGGCUUCAGCGCACCAGCUUCAUGGACAGCGCGGGGGGGGAGUGGCUCUAUCGGGGCGCCGUGGCGACCAUCUGGUACUUCAGCUGGUUUAACGUGGCCGAGGGGCGGAGCCGGGGGCGGGGCCUGAUCUACCACGGCCUCAUGAUGACGGACAGCGGGAUCCUGCUGGGGGCGUGGUGGGGGCUGCGGGGGGCGGGGCUUCAGCAGGCCUACGCUGUGGGCGUGGUCAUCGCCCUGCCCUCCGCAUACCUGCUGGGCCUGCUGCUCAAAGGCCUGUACUACGCCUACCUCCACCCCAAACUCCGCCCACUUCCUGCCGGGGAGGUCCCCAAACUCCGCCCACUUCCUGCCGGGGAGGAACCCAAACUCUGCCCACUUCCUGCUGGGGAGGGCCCCAAACUCCGCCCACUUCCUGCCAGGGAGGAGGAUGUUCCCGAUGGUGACACCCCCUUCAGAUCCCGCCCCCCCCAGCCUGGCCCCUCCCCCUCAAAACUGUGCAAUCAGAGGAUGGCUCGCCUGGCCAGCAUCUUCUACACCCCCCUGCCUGUGCUGCCCUACGCCCGCCAGCCAAUCAGGGCUUCGCCCAACGGCAUCAUCUAAACCGUACACCCUCCUGAACCCCUACCUCAACAUCUCCACCUGCCUACUGACCUCAACGUCAUUCAGGCAUUUAGAAUCACUUUUUCCAGGCAAAAAAACGCCACGAUUAGUCUUCAGCUCUUUGUUCCAUCGUCCUCAAGUUCAGCGCGUGGAUGUCAGAUGAUGCAGCUCCUGUACUGUAGGAUGGAAUCUGCUCUUAUUAUAUGAUCAUUGGAUUUUACCUCGCAGUGUGACGACAAUGAAAGACUGGAUGCUAUCCGUACUACACACGACGUGUGCGGCUAGCGUUAGCCACUAUGCUACAGGCUGUGCUACGCUGCUACAGGCUGUGCUACGCUGCAACCAAUCACUACACCUGCAGAUCUCACCUUCAACCAGAGAGGAGGGAACUCAUGUAUUGAUCAGCUGCCCAGGCGCCCGGAGUUUUUGCCUAAAAUGCCUUGAGCAGAUACUGUGGUUUGUGAAUAAAUAGCUGUUGUAAAUCGUGAAAGCUGAGUACCCUUCUGUUGUACCGUGUGUUAUUUUAGAUUUGCCAAUAAUGUUCUGCGUUGGGAUACAGACAUGCGUUUCCACUUCAAAGGAAAACCCAACAGUUGGUGGAAAAUAAUUUCUUGUCUUCGGUCAACAUGAACACU